AUGGCGCCCGGAAAUGCAGCUAUGGAUAGUCGCACUUGCCUCGCUGAAUCGGUGCUAACGUCACUGGCAUGCUUCCACAGGACAGCCGGGAUCCAGCACUGCAUGGACAAGGCACUUCGAGGAUCUUUCGCGAAGAAACUGGCCAUGAUAAAACCUCUAUUAGAAGUACUCGCUCAGCAGCCAUCAGAGGAGCGUAUCGAGGAAGUGAAGGGUGCGUAUGAUGUAGAGGUAACCAUGACUGGACUGGGAAUUGGGGGAGGCGUGGUUCAGAAUAAGAAAGAGGCCGAGGACCAUCGAGGUGCGAUGACUGACUUGAUGCGGCAGCUUCGGGCAGUGGAGAGGGAAGGAGAGGUUGCAAAGAGGUCCCUUAAGGCGCGUCUGUCGAAAGUGAAGCAGGAGAAGGAGAAUUGUAUAGCGAAGUACGAGAAAAUGCUCGAAGAUAGGCAGAAGGAACUCGAGCAGCAGAAGAAGGCCUUCGAGAGUCAGAUCGAUCGAGCCACACGACAGGCGAGCUCCUUGUCGAACAAGAAGUCAUCAGUCGCUAAGAGAUCGACGGACUUCAAAUCCCAGAAUGAGGCUCUCAAGAGGGAGCUGGCCGAUGCUGAGACGCAAGUGAAGGUCCUCUUGAAGGAGAUACAGUCCCUACGUGGUGGUGGACAUAAUCGUUCGGCGUGCUCCACACAACCCGAUGGAGAGUUCACAAGGGCUUCUCUCAUUUAUGAUUCUGAGGUCUCAGCGGUGAUAGAGGCCGCUUUGAAUAAGCCACCGAUGAGCCAGUCUGUUAUCGUCUUGGAGGAUGCAAGUGGAAUGCAGAGCAGCAACGACUCGGGUGGAGGGAGGGCUCGAAGUAAGACUCUGAUUAUAGAAGGGGAACGGCAGCCUGUAACAAAGCGCUACAGAGGAGGGCGAGCGAAGCAAGUGACGACUGCUGCUCCUGUGUUCAUUCCUGAGGGGCAUUCCCCACCAAGGAAACGUCCUAACUGGAAUAGGAAGGGAGUUGCCGAAGCCACUCCUGUUGCUGAGCGGACACGUGCACGCAAGGCUGUUGCUGCGGAGAAUGCAGGAAGCCGUUGAUGUCAAAUUGAAUGCAGCAAUCUGUAUAGAUGUUGUCGAGGACAGCAUGCAUGCUUAAUGG